AUGGCAACUACUAUUUCCUCUCACCUUAGGAUUCCAGUACCUCAGCCCGCUAAUCAGUUCGGCUCCAGUCCUCCAGCCCUCUCUAGAAAACGCUCGCUCUCAGAAUUAUAUAACAGCAGCUACGGGGAGUCAGAAGGCACUCCCACACCCAAGACACGCAAGGCACGGCGCGCUUGCUCAAGACCUGGCUUCAGCUCUGAUCCAAGUAGCCCAACUUUUUACAGCACACCUCCGUCAGCCCAAGUACCUCGGGAUUCUAGUAUGGAGAAUUCAGGGGAUGAGUCGGACGAUGUGUACGAUCAAUUCGAUCUUGGAGACUUCACGAAGGAGGAGAUUAAAAGAUACGAGGCGAUGGUAGGCCCGGGAGAAAGACUUCGAGAUGCUGCGCCACCGGAGCAGUCGUUUGCUGAAAUGCGAGAGACCUCGUACCAAGCCAGCCUCGUUCGUUCUGGCCGAGAUACCGAAGGCAGCACAUCCGUUACAGUACUUCCUCGUGAGCUGUAUGAGUUAGUCAGGGCGGGUAUUGCAAAUGCAAUUGAACAUGCCAUGUCGGAAAAGGUUAUCACGUAUUAUGAUGCUCCGGGCCUGGAAACCAUUUUUAUGGACGAAAUUUCCGCACCCGCUCCGCAGAUUCGUCAAUUCAUUCGAGAUCAUAUAUUCGUCACGUUAUCGUGCCAAUCCCCAAAUUCGUUUCGGAGGCAAGAGCUACGAAAAGGCUGUCAUCCAUCGGGGUCUCUAAAAUCUGCGCAGAGGCAAUAUGAGCAAGAUGUGUACGACGUGGCUCGUAAUUUGGGCCUUUCCAUGGACGAAGCAGAAGAAUGGGUGCUCGAAGCCAGGGAGUUUUGCAGUGAGAAGGACUAUGCUAGCAUGAAUACUGAAGAGAGCAAUGGGGUUGAUGGUUCUGAUGAAAUCAUGUACCAACCUUACAUAUCAUCACUAUCGGAGCGAUCAACGUUGCCUUUACCUCUGGUCGAGGACUUUCACAAGGCGCUUAACAACCCCACCCAAGCUGAAGAAAAAAGCACUAAUAGCGAAGACGAGACCGAAAAGACCAAAAAACUUCUUAGGGAAAGCAACUCUGAAGGGGCAAAGCAGGUUCAACGCUACCUUCAACUUUUGAAGAAUUCCGGCUAUCACUCUGCAUAUGACGGUAUUAUGCUCAGACUCCAAUUCCUCGGUGAUGAACCUCUAAUCGACAACGUUGCCGGUUUACGUGAGGAGAUCGAUAAAAUGGAAGCAACGGGCAAGACGAAGGAAGAGAAGGCUGACAGAAAAGAUGCCAAGAGAGCCCGCAAAGCAGAGGUCCAAGCGCAGAAUAGAGCAAGUCGGCAGGCUGAGAAAAAGGAAAGCCAAGAGGGCAACGACUAUGAAGCAGGAAGGCCCGAGGAGCAAGGAUCUUUGACAAGCAACUCCGAGCACCAACCCAAUGUCCAGCCUCUCGAAGACCAGGACAAGCCUCUGAAACGGAAGAAAAGAGGGAGCAAACGCAAGAGCGAACUUGAGCUUCCCGUUCAUUGCGAGGUACCCUCCGAAGGCCAUCACAAGCACGAAAAGGGCAAAGUAGUUAGGGACGCGCGAGACGCUAAUUCCAAGAAAACCAGGAGCAAGACAGGUGUGGGGUCUCAGCACUCGCCCUUUUUUCAACGGAGCAGCGGUCCCAAAGCAAAGAAGAAAGAAGCCUUCAAGAAGGCCGAGCAACUAACGGGUUUUCAACCUCCGAUGAUACAGCCGCCACCAGCAGAUCCCCCCUCCACUCCCGUCAAGAAGAGAGCCCCCUUUACUGUCACCUCGCCGCCAAGCUACGACUCAAGCCCAUUAUCCAGCCUCCGCUCGACUCCUUCCCUGCCAUCUUUCGGCAAUAGAGAAGUUGAAAACGACAACAAAAGAAUACGUGAAUUGUCACACAAUUGUGCCCGCUCAAAGCCCGUUGCAUUGGCACAAAAGCUACGAAACAAUCCCACUCACCUGCCCACUCCUGCCGCAAGUCCCAUCUCGCUGCGAGAUUUGAACAAAAGACUCUUGGAAGGUACCAUUUACCAGGAUGGAAUCGUACUCGCAAAGCCAGAAGUGCCUACUCCUACUAUUUUAUCUGUUCCGAAGAAGCCAAGGAAGCGCUCAGUGAUUGUUUCUCCCUUCUUUGCAAAAUUGCCUGCCAAGAAACCCAAAGCCAGCGACAAGGUCUCUUGCAUUCCUUUCCCACCACUCCAAUCCACAUCCUUCGGCUUAGUCCAGGAACAAUUAUCUCAUGACCCGUUCCGCCUUCUCAUCGCCGUCAUCUUCCUCAACAAAACGCGCGGCUCCGUCGCUCUUCCCGUCUUCUACGAACUCAUGGAGCGCUAUCCUACACCUGCAGACCUCGCCGCAGCCAAUCAAGAGGACGUCGUCGAGAUCAUCCAACAUCUCGGCCUGCAGAACCAACGUGCGAAGAAAUGUAUCAAUCUAGCCAAAGCAUGGCUCGAGCGUCCACCGGAGAAAGGGAAAAGGUACCGAGUGCUUCACUACCCGAAAAAGGAUGAUGGCAAAGAUGUCAGACUUGGCGACAUUGUUGGCGAAGAAGAUGAGCGAGUCGCUUGGGAAAUCGGACAACUUCCAGGCAUUGGUGUCUACGCCAUCGACAGCUGGCGCAUCUUCUGCCGCGAUAAAUUGCGCGGUCUGCCGACUGGCUUGCCCAAGGAGCUCACUUCGGAAGCUAAAAAGGAGGAGUUGCAGAAAGAAUGGACCAGAGUCCUGGCGGGAGACAAAGAGCUACGAGCCUACCUACGUUGGCGCUGGUUACGGAAUGGCUGGGAGUGGGACCCCGUGAGCGGAGAGCGAAAGAAGGCCGAUGAGGGUGAGCUCGCCAAGGCAGACAAGGGUGGAGUUAUAUAUGAGAGUAAUGAUGGAGACAUGGUAGUCGGAGCUGCCAAAGGCGAAGGCCACGAUGCUGUUAAAGCUAAAUCAGAAGUCGGAGAGGAGGAGGGUGGGAAUUAA